AACGGAAGCGAAAAAUGUGAGCGCGGUGCCGUCGCCUUUUCCUCCGCGUUACUUCUCCCUCUUUCGUGGCUGCGAUGGCCAUGGCGUCUCUCGCUCUCCAACAGCACCUCCUCUGCUGCCCGAAGUCCAACACCUGGUCUGCGCCCAAAACCCCUCUCAGAUCCCGACGGGCUCGUCUCCUCCCCGUCGCCUCUUCCUCCUCCUCCUCCUCCUCCCCCCCGUCUCCUCCCUCUCCGGAGACUGCGACGCAGACGGCGGAGUCGUGUGUCAAUCUCGGCCUUUCUUUCUUCUCCAAGGGACGGGUGAAAGAAGCUCUUGUGCAGUUUGAGAAUGCCCUUUCUUUAAAUCCAAAUCCUAUGGAAGCCCAAGCAGCACUGUACAACAAAGCUUGCUGCCAUGCAUACAAAGGUGAAGGAAAGCAAGCAGCAGAAUGUUUGCGAGCUGCUUUGCGAGAUUACAAUCUCAAAUUCAGCACUAUUCUGAAUGAUCCUGACUUAGCCUCAUUCAGAGCUUUACCAGAAUUUAAACAACUGCAAGAAGAGGCCAGGCUGGGAGGUGAAGACAUAGGAUAUGGAUUUCGAAGAGAUCUCAAACUCAUUAGUGAAGUUCAAGCACCAUUUCGUGGCGUGAGAAGAUUCUUUUAUGUGGCUUUUUCUGCUGCAGCUGGGAUUUCUAUGUUUUUUACAGUUCCCAGACUCAUACGUGCAAUCAAUGGUGGUGAUGGGGCUCCUGAUCUUUGGGAGACUGCUGGAAAUGCUGCCAUCAACAUUGGCGGCAUUGUUGUUCUUGUGGUGUUGUUCAUCUGGGACAACAAGAAGGAAGAGGAACAGCUUGCUCAAAUAUCACGUGAUGAAACUCUCUCAAGAUUGCCUGUGCGUCUUUCAACUAAUCGGAUUGUUGAACUUGUGCAGCUUCGGGACACUUAUAGGCCGGUAAUUUUGGCAGGGAAGAAGGAGACUGUUUCAAGAGCAAUGGAGAAGGCUGAAAGGUUCCGAACUGAACUGCUUAAGCGAGGUGUUCUUCUGAUUCCUGUUAUCUGGGGUGAUUAUAGCAAGGCUUCCAUUGAGAAAAAGGGCUUUGGUGUUCCUGCAAAAUCUGCUUCAUCUCUUCCUUCAAUUGGGGAUGAUUUUGAACAACGAACUCAAUCUAUAACUGCAAAGUCACGAUUGAAAGCUGAGGUGCGCUUCAAGGCUGAGAUAGUAUCUCCUUAUGAAUGGGAAAGAUGGAUACGUGAUCAGCAAAAGUCCGAAGGAGUCCUUGAUCCUGGUGAUGACGUUUUCAUAAUUCUGCGUCUAGAUGGACGUGUUCGAAAGUCAGGGAAGGGCAUGCCGGAUUGGCAAGAGAUUGUGAAGGAGUUGCCACCAAUGGAAGCUUUGCUGAGCAAACUAGAAAGAUGAGCGGUGUUUAGUGAACCCAUGUGCAUGAUGGAGUAAGAUGCCUCUUCCUUUAUUCUGUGCUAAUAUCAUAAUAUACGCGGAAUAUUGAUGCAGAAAAAAACAUGCUUGGCCACAAUUAACUCCGCUUUCUUCGAUUUUUGUUCAUAUUGUUUGGGGGAUAUAUUGAUGAGAAUGAAUUAAUAUAUCAAUGCGUAGCUGAUGCCAUCUUUUUCA